AGCGCAUUUCUGGGUGGGGGGCGGGGGUCCGCGCGGGCCAUGAGCAGGUCGGUCCGGGCCUCGGCCUGCCUUGGCCAGGCUGGCAGCUCCAAGCAGAGCAUGGGCUUCAGGAGUCGGCUGGACUCCAACCUCCUGACCGCUCACAAGAAGAAACCCCAAGUGGUAAAGGCCACGGUGGAUACCAGCGCGCCCGUGUUGCAGGUCUACCAGUUCCUGAGACUUUCCAAGCUGCAGGCCGAACAGAAGAGACUCAACAGGAUCGAGAACGAAAACAAGCAGCUGUGCAUGAAGAUCGCCAGCAUCCAGCGCGGGCCCUCGCGGGUGGACUGCUGGAACGAGUACUGUUCUCGGAGUCUGAACCGGGAGUUCCGGAACAGGGAGCUGGUGCGGAUCACCGUGGAGAACCAGAACAUCCUGAGGAGGCUCGCCGACCGAAAGUCCCACUACGAUCGGAAGUCCUUCGAAACGGACUGGCAGAACUCGAGGCGCUUCAUCCGGAACCACAAGCGGACGCUCCCCGAGCUGGGCCCCUAGGGCUGUCGGGAGCCCCCACAACGGAGCAUCUUGGCCCGUGGGGCUGAAUAAACGGUGGCGCCGGGCGGCCUGGGGUCGCGGGGUCGCCCCCACGUUGUAUUUCGAGGCUGAAGUGAAGCUCGCCGGGCGUG